GCCUGUGAUAGACAGAGUUCAGUGCAAAACCAUUAUCGUCACAACUCAGUCAAGCAAGAGGAGGAACCAUGGGCUUUCUUUAUUUCUUUUCUUUAGAAACAUGGAUUCUACUAAUCGCAUUUAUUUGCAUAUUUAUCAUGUAUGGCCACUGGACCUUUGGAGUAUUUGAGAAGAUGGGGGUCCCUGGUCCCAAGCCAUAUAUGUACUGGGGCUCAAUUGGAAGGUUCAACUCUGUUUACUACUUAGAUGACCAUGGGGGCGCUCGAAAGUAUGGAAGAGUAUGGGGCACCUAUGAGUUCAGGAGGCCCGUGCUGGCUGUGAUGGAUCCCGACAUGUUGAAAAUCAUCCUCGUGAAGCAGUGCUUCACCUACUUUACCAACCGGCGGAACUUGCGUCUGAAUGGAGACCUCUAUGAUUCUGUGUCUAUUGCUGAGGAUGAUCAGUGGCGGCGGAUUCGUAACAUCCUCUCUCCCUCUUUUGCCUCUGGUCGUAUAAAAGAGAUGUUUAGCACCAUGAAGCACCACUCCCGCAAACUGACAGACAGCCUGAGGUCCAAGGCAGACAAUGCUGAAGUUAUUGCCAUAAAAGACUUCUUUGGACCGUACAGUAUGGAUGUGAUUGCGAGCACGGCAUUCAGUGUGGAUUUGGACUCAUUCAGCAACCCUUCAGGUCCCCUCAUCAACCACGCCGGCAAGAUGUUCAGAAUCUCCCCUCUACUUUUCAUUUUUCAAGCCUGUUUUCCAAUCUUUCUUCCUCUCUUGGAGCUACUGGGUGUCUCCUUCUUCCCUAAGUCUUCUUCUGAUUUCUGUCGAGCAUUUCUGAAAAAGGUCCGAGAAGAUCGCGACAGGAAUUCACAUCAGGUUCCAAGAGAUAUGCUACAAUAUAUGAUCAACUCUCAGACGGCCAAUAAGGAAAAGCAGAAUAAUGGUCUUACUGAUCAUGAGAUCAAUUCCCAACUGACGAUCUUUUUGCUUGCUGGUUACGAGACAAGUGCCGCCACUCUCUCCUUCUUGGCCUACAAUUUGGCAUUAAAACCAGAAGUCAUGACACGCCUGCAGGAGGAGAUAGACUCUACUUUCCCUGAUAAGGGGCCAGUCCAAUAUGAAGCUCUGAUGCAGAUGGAGUACCUAGACGGUGUCGUCAAUGAGUCCCUGAGGCUUUACUCUCCAGCAGCACGUAUGGAGCGAAUCGCAAAAGAAACUGUCCAGAUCAAAGGAAUCACAAUCCCCAAGGACAUGGGUGUUAUGGUUCCAGUCUAUGCUCUGCACCGUGACCCCGAGCUGUGGACGGAUCCAGAGGAGUUCAAACCUGAGAGAUUUAGUAAAGAGAACAAGCAAAACAUCAACCCGUACACUUACCUCCCAUUCGGGAUCGGGCCAAGGAACUGUUUGGGGAUGCGACUUGCUCUGGUGACGGUCAAACUUGCCUUGGUGGAAGUUUUGCAGCGCUACAGCUUCUCUGUCUGCAAGGAGACAGAGAUACCUUUGGAGAUGGACCCCCAAGGACUCCUAGGAUCUCUACGACCAAUCAAACUAAAAGUGGUGACACGUUCCAACGCAUGAGGAAAUGUGAACCAUAAAGAAAUCUAAAUAAAACAUGAUUUGUAAGAUAAAUCAUAUGACGCACAUGUUAAUAAAUGUCUAUUCAUACAUAA